AGUUUAAUGUUAUAACAAUCUAAUAAAAAAUGUAAUACCAGUUUACAUCAAAUGUAAUUUCUGAUAUAAUUUUAUAUUAGCAGCUAUAAAAGAAUUUAAAUUUAAAUCUGUUUGUGGUCGCGUAGAAACAUAUUGCAAUGUUUAAGUAGGUACCGAAUUAACUAAUAAAUACUAAUAUAUCAACGCAACUCUGUUUACAAUUUUCAUUACAUACAAUUUUAAAUUACAAGUGAUUUUGAAAUAAUGGAUAGUAUUAAACAGUAUUUUAUUCCAUCUAUGGAGAAUAAUGUUAAUGAAACAGUUGACGGAAAUGAUGAAAUCGAUGUUAACAUGAUUUGCAUUGAACCUCAACAAAAAGUUGAAAAUGAAAUCACUCAAUCACGUUUUAUGUCAAUAAAUGAGUUGCAUGUAGAAAAUUCAAACGCACAUUUUAUACGCAAAAUACAAAGAUUAGAAGAAGAAAAUGAUCGUUUAUUAUCAAUCAUUGAACAAAAAAAUGUCAUAAUCAAUGAAAUUCCAAAAUCUAGCUGUAAUGAAAAGUCACAUUUCGCAGCUAAAAAGAUAUUAUUACUAACUGACAGAGUACAAGAACUUAUGUUGGAAUUACAGUCCAUAAAAUCAUCUACAUGUGGUGAUGAUAAAAGAAAUAAAGAUUCUACAAUAAAAAUAAAAGAGUUGACAGAUAAAUUGUAUCAGUCGAAUAAAAAUAAUUUUCAUUAUCGUAACCAGAUAAUGCAAUUAAAAAAUGAUUUACAAGUGACACAAAAUGCAUUGUCUAAUGAAAUCGGAGACUCCACUAUUAUGCAGGCUGUUUUAUCUAGCACAGGUUCCUCAAAUUUUAGAGGACGAGCACAACAUAUACUGAUAUUACAGAAAAAAGUGAACGAAUUACAAGAGAAAUUAAAUAAAUUUCGAGGAGAAUCUAAUGACUCAAUAAAACAAGAUGCUGAAAACUCAAAUGUAAUUAUCAGAGAAUUGGAGAAAGCACGCAAAGAGAUUACAAACAAAGCAUUUAAGGACAUUCAAUCAAAAGUCAAUGAGUUGACCAAGUCAGUAAAUGUAUGGAAAAAUCGAAGCAAUGCAUUAGAGGUAGAGAUAACAGUUUUAAGAGUUAAAAUACAAAAAUUAUUGUCAAAAGCUGAAGUGGAUAGUAAAACUAUUGAACAAUUGAAA